AUCAUAUGGCACAUGUCAAAAACAUAAAUACAACCACAGUGAACGUUUCAUUGUUUGUUCAUCUCUUCUAAUAUCUUCAUUUUUUUUAAUAGUUAUAAAACUUAAUACAAAAUGGGUUGUGAUGGUGGAACUAUUCCUCGCCGUGAUGAGUUGGUUAGAGUAAAAAAGAAGCCUGAAACUAAAGACAAGGAUUCGGAAUUAGCUUUCCAAUGGAGAUGCUGUGCUAUAACACAGCAAGUACUGGAAAACCCUAUUGUUGUUUGUGGUUUGGGUCGUUUGUACAACAAGAUUGCACUCAUUGAGGCAUUAUUAAACAGGGAAACUUUACCUGAAUAUGCGAGACACAUUCGGUCAUUGAAGGAUGUGAAAAAUUUGAACCUAACCCCAAACCCGGAAUUCAAUGCUAAUGUUGACAAGAAGGGUAACUCAGUUGAUAGUAGAGGAGCACCUUACAUUUGUCCAGUCAUUGGUCUUGAAAUGUCUGGAAAAUUUAGGUUUGUUGCAUUAUGGAGCUGUGGAUGUGUAUUUUCUGAACGUGCAUGGAAAGAAGUUCCUACUACUAUUUGCCACAAGUGCCAACAAUCCUGUGAUGAAUCUGAUAUAGUUAUAAUAAAUGGAAAUGAAGAUGAUGUGGAACUAAUGAAAGUUCGCAUGGAAAGUAGACAAGCGAAAAAUAAAAAAGUUAAAAAAAUCAAACCCAAGGUUGAAGGUGAAGAAAAAGUGGAGAAACAACCAAAAGUCAAACCAUCGACUUCAAAAAUUCUGCCAUCGAAACGACUAGGAGCUGUCGAGAAAGCCGUAGAAGAUGAAAGAGUCAAGAGAUCAAAACCAGAUUACAGCGUUGCUAAUGAUCCAAAUGCUUCAGAUGUAUACAAGUCCUUGUUUACAUCUCAUAAAUCGGAAAAGGAGCAAACUAGAGCACAUUGGAUUACAUACAAUCCAUUUUAUAACUAACUUUUUUUUGUUCAUAUUUUUUUAAUAUAACGACAGUUGAAGUUUAAUUUAAGAAAAUG